ACGGCAACCCCAGCAGUGCGCCUGCGCCGCAGCCGGCCCGAGGGCGACUCUGACACUGCUCGUGCGUCGCUUUGACGGCAAGUCCGACACUGCGCCUGCGUUGGAGCCGGCCUGACGGCAACUGGACAUCGCGCCUGCGUCGUCUCCGAGGCAACGUCCAAGGCCCCGUCCCGGGAAAGGAAGAUGGCGGACCCCCGCAUUCGCGUCCCUCCUCCUUACGGGACCGAGGCGUACGACCUGGGAGCGCUCAACAGCGAGCAGCAGCAGCGGCUCUAUCAUUUCAAGAUAAACACUCGACUGGCCAAUGAAUAUUACUUGAGGAACCAUCCAGAGGUGGAGAUGCUGCUGAGAGAGUUUAUGAGAUCCGUACUCCUGGAGCGACCGGACAACAUUCGAGAAUUUGCCUCGACUUAUUACACAGAUGCGAGUCUGCCUGAAAGGAUCCAGAGGAUGGUGAAUGAGAGAGCAAAGGAAGUGGAUCCAUACUAAUUACAUUGGUCACUUCGCCAGGGGGGAAUUGUCCUCCCAGGACAUGGGCUCCGAUCUCAGUAUGUCUGUAAUAUAUUAUGCUGUUAUCUCAUUGCUGGAAUCAAUAAAACCGUGUGUGAAUGUG